AUGCAAACCACGGAGGACAAGGACUCUGUUAUCCAGUCCAUGGUGCAAGGGGCAAACACCUCGCUCCUGAAUGAUCACGUCGUGUCCAUCGAUUUAGGAAAGGAGAUCACUGGCCUCGCAAACAAGGUUAACAUCACUUUUUACCACCAAAACGCGUCACUGCUGUCCGCCUGUCCCACAGGCUCAAGACCAUUCUGGAAUUCAUCUGGAUGCACCUCUACACAAGAUGUUGGGCAGGUUGGGUGCUCCUGUGAUCAUCUGUCCUUUUUCGCUGUGCUGCUGAGUCCAUUCUACCAAAACGACGCACCCGAGUCGGGCAAUGGUACCCAGAACCUCGGCCAGGUAUCCCCGCCGCUGAGCUCCGCCUCGGUCUGGCGCCUGAGGCUCCUGUCCCAAAUUGGGUGUGGGGUGUCUGUCUGCUUCCUGGCUCUGGUCCUCAUCUUCCAUGCAGUGUACAGGCGGAAUAAUUCUGAGCCUUCUCUCAGCAUCCACAUUCACCUGUGUGUGGCGCUGCUGGGCCUAAACCUGACCUUCCUCAUCAACGAAAGCCUGGCCAACUGGAACAUCCACGCACUCUGCAUCUUCAUCGCCGCGGCAACCCACUACACCCUCCUCUGCACCUUCGCCUGGUUUGCCAUAGAGGGCUUCCACCUCUACCGGCUCGUCAUUCGCGUCUUCAACAUCUACAUCAAGCGAUACCUCCUCAAGCUGGCUCUGGUGGGCUGGGGCUUACCAGCAGUGGCUGUCAUUUCAAUCCUGAGCACCGGCAAAUAUGGCCGAUACAACAUUUACGAGCUCGAUGGCAGCCGAGACACAAUAUGUUACCUGACUGACUCGGUGCUGACCAUCCUCAACUACGGCCUCUUUGUCCUGGUGUUCCUGGCGAACCUUCUGGUGUGGUUGGUGGUGACCGUGCAGGUCGUCCGCGCGCGGAAGCUCAGCCCCGCCCUGCAGGAGAGGAGCAUCACCCCCCGGGACAUUUUCAGCCUGCUGGGGGUGUCCUGGCUCCUGGGGGUGGCCUGGGGGGUGCUGCUCUUCCAGUUCGGCCCGCUGAAGGAAGCCGCCAUCUACAUAUUCUGCAUCUUUAACUCCCUCCAUGGCCUCUUUACAUCCGUGCGCUAUUUUACCCUCAACCGUCGACCGAAGGAAUCGCCGGGGACAACGACCGCCACGACCGCCACGACCGCCACCACCGCCACGGCAUCCACAGUAGCCGCCUUCACAGACCCGUCUUGAGUUUCCUCCCUUACGGAAACGGAAUGCACUGAAAAUAUAUUAUCGAGACAAUGCGACCCUUCCCAGAGUAUGGCCAAGUAUGCAAGCCUUUCAGAUUCUGCCAUACAUCUUUUUUUUUUUUUUUUUUUUACAAAAUACACAUAUCAUUAUGUUACAUUACAUUACAGGCAUUUGGCAGACGCUCUUAUCCAGAGCGACGUACAAACAAAGUGUAUAACCAUAAUCAGGAACAAGUGUGUCGAAAACCCUAGAGAGAAGUACCAUUCCAAGUGCAGGGAACAACUGCAUAGUUCAACUUGGAAUCAUUACAAGUUCUUUAAAAAGUCCAUGGAGUUACAAAAUAUAACGGUAUAUUCCAUAUCCCUAAGUGUCUACACAUCAGUCAGACAGUCCCCAGCACACAAGGAGUUUUUUUGGGGGGACUAAUUGAAAUAUAUUUUUUAUAAAUAUAUACCAGGGCAUACAGGACUGUCUAUGCUUUCUUAGUCUGUAUGGCGCACAUUCACCAUGGAAACUCUUUAUCUGUUUAUAUACAAGUCAGCCGAGUUUGUUGGAGUUUGUUGGUUGUUUAAUGUAUUUUUAUGAAUGUGCUACUGUAAUGGGAGUCUAUGUGGUUUACCUUCUCAAAGGCAGGAAGUAGCGAGCACGCUAACCUGGUGAUCAAUACAUUAAGCGGCACUAACACAGAGAAACUCUCUGCAUAAAAACAUCCGGGCAUGUGGCUUGACGCCAAGUUUAGUUUUAAGACUCACGUUGAAAAUCUGGUGAAUAAUUGAAGGAGGAGGCCUUGGUUUCCUGUACAUGCACAAAUCUUGUUUUCCUGUAGCCUGUAGGCAGAGGGUUGUCACGGCAACAUUUUUCUCUGCCUGUAGGGAUGUUAUAUAUAGGCGUGCACCUGUGUCACACCUGAGGAUACUGGAUGCUGCUCACCAUUCAGCCCUCAGGCUUGUCACAGGUGAUGCUCAUCGCGUCCAUCACCGCACUCUUCACCAGGAAGUUGGCAGGCCACCGCUUCCUGUUAGGAGAAAUGUUUUUUUUGGUAGCUGCUCCAUUGCAAAGCACUGCUACAAAAACUGCCACUGUCAUGUGUCGCUGCUUCUAAAUUGGAGAAUUGGCAUCCACGAGGCACGCUCUCUCCGGAUUGGUUGUCACCUCAACUUCCUCGGGUCAGGUCAGAUAUUGGACAGACUGUCUUUAGAUUCUGUGCUCCACGUACCUGGAACUCCUCACAGCAAAUCCUGAAGCUAAAUAUUUUCGUGUCUCUAAAUGAAUUAGGAAUUUUAAUAAUUUGGUUAGCCUGAAUUGUGUUUUAAGUGAAUGAUUUUAAAUGUCUUAAGUAAUUGAAUUUUAUUCCAUGUCUUUUAAUUACUAUUUUAAAUUACUAUACGUUUAGUCCUUGAAUUUAAUAUUAUAUUUACUAUGUGCUACUUAUUUUCUUUUCUAAUUUAAAAUUUUAUGUGUACAUUCAGCACACUUGUAAAAGCCAGCUAUCAAUGUGUCUCCGGGUUCAAAUAAAAGAAAAUGGAUGACUUAAUAAAUCUCUUAAUGGAUGAUGUCAUUUCUGGCGACUUGUCUUGUAUUGAAUGCAAGUAAAGUCUAAUAUUCCAUGCACGGUUGAGCAGCUCUGAUUGGCUGCC